GCCAAAUUUAAGCCGUACCGAUGAGCACGUUUCCAACCAAAGCAGUAAUAGCCAACUAAUACGGGACUUGCGCGUGUAUCAGAUAGGCAAGAGGACAAGUUGUGGUAGUGUCGGUCAGCACGCCAUCAGUUCCUUCAAUUGAAGCAUUAAACCAGCGACUCGCACUUGCUCCGACCACUUCUCGCUUUGUCUCAUCCGGCAUUACCAAUCCGCUCCAGCCCACAUCUCACGCGUAACUCUCUUACUCCACACCUCAAACGUCCAUUGAACAACACGCAAUCUCUAUACACCAUGGCUGAGCACAAGUACAAGUUCAACGUCUCCAUGUCCUGCGGUGGCUGCUCCGGUGCCGUGGAGAGAGUCCUCAAGAAGCUCGACGGCGUCAAGGAGUACAACGUCUCUCUCGAAACGCAAACUGCCGAGAUUACCGCAGACGAAUCCCUCAGCUAUGCCCAAGUCCUUGAGAAGAUCAGCAAGACUGGCAAGAAAGUCAACUCAGGCGAAGCCGAUGGCGUGCCUCAGUCUGUGGAGUUGACAGCAUAGAAAGCACAACUGAAGGCCGAGAAGAAACUGAAGAGGAAGCAACGACACGAGGUGAUCUUGGGCAAAGUCGAGAAGGCCACGCGAUGGAUCCCGACUGUUGGCGGCGUGGGUGGAGGAGCGGGCGGUGCUUGAUCGAGACACGUGAAGGGCAAUGGGGAGAAGACUAAGCGAUAACCUGCGGGAAAUUACCUAGAUCACUGGCUACGAACGAUAUGACUCAA